AAGACGUCAUCUUUCUCCCCCACACCCCGGGAUAAGCACAGCUCUUUUGCCGGUGAAAGAUUGGUCGGACAGCGCGGGUGCCAUUUGGCGCAGUAUAUUGAGCUACAUCCGUCGACAAAGCCCGUCCAGUUAUUUAUUUAUCGUAUUUGUGAAUUUUACUUAAUACAUUUUGCAGUCAAACAUCCACAAUGAGCUCAAUUAACGUCAAAAAGCUGAAAGUGAACGAGCUGAAGGACGAGCUGAAAAAGCGUGAUCUUUCGGAUAAAGGGCUGAAGGCCGAGCUGAUGGACCGCUUGCAGGCCGCGCUGGACGAGGAGGCCCUUGCAGGAAACCCCCCACUAGACCAAGAAGCUGCAGCGGCUGAGGGUUCCGGCCAGGCCGCCGACCAGGAGGGUAUGGGUGAGGAAGAAGAAGGCGAGGGCCCGAUAGAAGAAAGUAUGGAGGCCAACGAGGAGGAGGAGGAGGAGGAGGAAGAAGAAGAAGAAGAAGAAGAAGAAGUAGUAGUAGUAGUAGUAGAAGCGCCUAAAAAUGGGGGCGACGGCGAUGGCGCUGCUGAAGACGAAGAGAUGGGUGAGGAGGGAGACGAGGACGACGAGAUGGAUCCCAUGCUCAAGGGAGAUGUCGACGACAUGGAGAAAAUAGACACGGAGGAUGGUGAGCCCGCGGACCAGGCUGCUGAGGGGGAUGCGGACAAAGACACGAAUGCUGAUCAGAAGAAUAAGAAGGGUGUUAAGAGACGCCGGGAGGAACAUGGAAGGGGCUACUUUGAAUUUAUUGAAGAGAACAAAUACAGCUGGGCCUCAUUUAAGUCUCCCGUGCCCCCCCUGGAGGAAGAAGAUGAGGAGUUUGAUGACACAAAAGUCUGCCUGGAUACCUACAACUGCGACCUGCACUUUAAGGUGUCACGGGACCGUUACAGUGCCUCAUCUCUCACUAUGGAGAGCUUUGCUUACCUCUGGUCCGGAGGCAAGGGAACCUACGGUGUGAACAAAGGCAAAGCCUGCUUUGAGAUGAAGAUUGCAGAGAAAAUUCCCGUGAAGCACAUUUCCAGCAAGAACAUGGAGAUUCACGAUGUGCAAGUCGGCUGGUCCCUGUCUACUGGCACCCUCCUCCUCGGUGAGGAGGAACAUUCUUAUGCAUACUCCGGGAAAGGCAAGAAGACCACCAACUGUGUGACAGAGGACUUUGGAGAAACCUACGAGGAGAAUGAUGUCAUCUGCUGCCUUAUUGACUUUGAGGGGGAGGAGGCGGUGUUGUCCUUCUCAAAGAACGGCGGCGAGCCGGCCGCCGCUUUCCAGGUCAAGAAGGACUCUCUGAAUGGCCAGGCUCUCUUCCCCCACGUCAUCUGCCACAACUGUGCUGUGGAGUUCAACUUUGGCCAGAUGGAGACUCCGUACUUCUCUCUGCCCCAGGGUUACACCUUCAUGCAGCAGAUCCCCGUGGACGACAGAGUCCGGGGGCUCAAGGGGCCCCAGACCAAGGCUGACUGCGAGAUCAUAGUGAUGGUCGGCCUGCCAGGCUCAGGGAAGACCACAUGGGUGAAGAACCAUGUCCAGGAGAACCCUGGGAAGUACUACAUCCUGGGCAGUGACACCAUUGUGGACAAGAUGAUGAUCAACAGCCUGAAGCGCCAGUCAAAAGACAUCACAAAACUGAGCGCAAUUUCCCAGCGAGCACCUCUUUUCCUGGGAAAGUUCAUUGAGAUCGCCGCCCGCAAGAAGAGAAACUACAUCCUGGAUCAUACCAACCUGUCGGCCCCAGGCCAGAAGAGAAAGAUGUGCUUGUUUGCAGGCUUCCAGCGCAAGGCGGUGGUGGUCUGCCCCUCUGACGACGACUACAAGCAGAGAGUCCAGAAGAAGGUCGAGAGUGAUGGCAAAGAAGUGCCUGAGCAUGCUGUCUUCAAAAUGAAAGGCUUCUACUCUCUGCCUGAGGAGGGAGAGAGCUUCAGCGACGUCGUCUUUGCCGAGCUGCAGAAGGAGGAGGCCGGCAAGCUGCUGGAACAGUACAAAGAAGAGAGCAAGACGGCUCUGCCGGCCGAGAAGAAGCCCAACCAGGGGAGCACAACACCAAAAAGAGGUGGCGGCCUGCGCGGCGGCGGCCGGGGGGGCAAGAACCAGUUUGGCCGUGGCAGUGGACCCGGACUUAGAGGCGGUGGCCGCGGAGGCUUCCAGAACAGAGGCAACUUCAGAGGAGCCCCUGGCCCCCGUGGCGGCUUCAACCGUCCACCUCGCGGCUUCCUGCCUCCCCAAGCCUUCAGGGGAGGGUUCCAUAACCGUGGCAACUUCAACCGGGGCGGUGGCCCCAUCCCCAGCCUGGGCGGUUCUCCCAGGGGCGGACCAAUGAGGGGUAACAUGGGACCCAGAGGGGGUCACAUGAACAGAGGUGGCCCAAUGAACCGAGGAAACAUGAGCAGAGGAGGAGGAGGCGGCGGCGGAGGAGGAGGAGGAGGAGGAGGAGGAGGAGGAGUCAACAUGCAUCGCGGUGGAUCCAGGGGACAUCACAACCAGCAGUUCCAGCAGAGAGGUGGUAACCGUGGCAACUUUGGCAACUUUGGAAACAAGAAUGGCAACUUCGGUAACAACAGGAACAGCGGUAACUUUGGCAACAGGAACGGCAUGGACAAGGCCCAAGCCUUCAACCAGAGCUGGCAGCAAGGGUUCUGGAACCAGAAGCCGUGGAGCCAGCAGUAUCAGCCUGGAUAUUACUAAGACACUUGUUGUAACGGAGUGGUGGCCGACCCACCGCUAGCCACGGAACAUCCCUCCACACCGCUCUUUUGAUUUUACUUUCUCUAGAACCCACUUUUAAUAAUCUCCAACCCACCAACUGACAAUGAAGACUAACGCGAUAUGGAGCAACAACAUUCCACAUCAGGGUGGAGACCAGAUACCUGAGUGUAAUUGAGGCUUCCUACAUCCAUCUACACAUGGGGUACAACGUGGGUUCAGUCUCAUUCAAUCAUCUGUUUUUAUUUCUUUCGUUGUAUAUUUCAUUAUGCUUUUUUCACACUUUUAAAUGACGUGCUUUUAAAGGAGAAAAAAAAACCUUUUGCCAGCCCCGGGGCAGAUGUUGCGAGAUUUCUUUAUUCAGGGCUGUGCAUUUUAUCUGUGCUGUGAUUUAUUUUUUUUUUUUUUUUUUUUUUUUUUUUUUUUUUUUUUUUUUUUUUUUACAAAUUGUAAAUAUUUGUUGUUUUUCUUUCCUUUGCGUAGUCUGUAUGAGAAGUGCAAAGAAACGGUAAUGAUUGAAAGGAACCGUGGCUUGUUAGCGAGAAGCAUGGUAGCUGAUUCUGCUGUUAGGCUGUACAUGUCAAUAGAGUCCGCAGUUAAACCGAAGCAACAGAUGAACUGUCUUUUGUUCCCAGUAUCCAACCUGUAACCUAAACUCCAUAGACCUAUAAUAAACAACUCGUUGGCUUUUUACAUUGUU